CAGGAUAUUUUGUUACUGAAGUAUCACCGCUUGACCUUGAUUGACCUUGAAGCAGAGAUGAAUCGAAUUUGGCUCGAUUAACGGAUUAUGAAUGAAAACAACGUAUAGGACUUUAAUUUAGUGAACACAUUCUAAUCUGAUCGAGAGCUUUGCCUAUUGUUUCCGUGAAUCGCAGGUCGUCGAACCCUUCUGUCGAAUUCUUCGUACAGAACAUUUUCUAAGAUAUGUACAAUUUCAACAAGUCUAUCAUUUGAGAUGAUAAGUUUUGCGUACGAUAAACCAUUCAAACAUUAUAAUUUUAAUAUGAUAUCCCAUAUAUCUCAGAAGCUAUCAACUUUAGGAUAAAUAUACCAUAACACUUUUGUUCUCAAAAUUCAUUACCGAAUUGAGCUCAGCAUUAAAAAACUGACAAUUCCAUCAAAAGAAGAAAACGCCGACCUUUGUAUCUGUUUUAGAUCCUCUACUUGCCGAGCUAUUGGCAUCAGAUUGUGUCUUUACCGAAACCAAGCAAGAUUCCUUCAAGAAUCCUCAUCUAUCUAUAGGCCUGCUCCAUCUACAAAUAUAUUCAUGACUAUGUUACAUUGACCUUGGCAUAACGAAAACGAAUCGAAGGCUGGCAUUCGGUAAAGAGACCGAUGACUUCAUAAACAAAGAUUUUCGUUCGCGCGAAAACAAACCUUUCACGCAUACUUGGACGAUUUCGAGACGUUGGGAGCAUCCGUGAAAGAGCAGUGGUAUCAUUUCAUGCUCGCUGAUUCGGUUUAAAAUAGAAUUGGGAUUUUGUAAUAGGUAGUUGCGUUUUGGCAUCCGUCGUUUUGUGUUCUGUCGUUCAACCGGUUGCAAUCGACGAUGAUAACCGAUUAUAAUGUUAGUGUGAUACCACUGCGACGUCAACGUUGUUCAAUUUGUUUCUUUAUUUUAUCUUAAUGUAAAUGGUAGAUUUUAUAUACAGGAUUCGUUUUACGCUGGUAACGAUAAUGAUGAAUACCCCAGAGAGAAAGAAAAACAGAACAGAUGGAUUACACAGAUUAAAAAUAUUUAUUAACAGCACUGAUAAGACACCCAUUAGAAAAUGCGUUGCAGUUCUAUGAAGAGUUUAUUUCGUAAAUGAAAUAUUAUGUUUAAUUAUUUCACCUCAGGUCCCGAUUAUCCAGUGGAUCUUCAUUUAUCCGAUCUGCCUCUGUUCACAUUACUUCAGCUAAUUUUACCACAGUUAGUUUAUGAUUACAAGCGCAUAGAUUACACAUGUUCGAAGAGAAACGUUCACAACGAAGCGUGUUUCGUUCCACUCGAUAGAAUUCGAAGUUUUCGAAAUGUAAUAAAAAUUCUUAUCGACGAAGCGAAUUUUCCACGCAAGCGUAACCGAGACAUGCUACCGCUUGUGUAGCCAAGCGUUGCUAAGACUACCAGGUAACCGACUACCUGCAACUAAUAGCACCUAUGCUAACAAGUAUGUAUAUUAUAUAGAGGUAGUCGUAUCAUUCAGGAACAGUGUACACUAACCAAAAGGUUCUAUUACUCGCGAUUUACGUUUCUUUAGUUAUAUGGGACAAUCCGGCGAUACGCAAAGGUAAUCAAAAUGUGAGAAACGAUCUGCAGAUGAAUGACUCGCGUAAAAUAAAAGUAAUUUCCGGUUGGUUUAUUUCAUUUCACGCAUUGGAACGUUUUUGGCGAUGGUACUCCACGUAAUCGUAUUUUACACGAAAGUACGCUUGAGCAUGUAUAAUUUUUAUACGCGUACUAUAGAUACGUCGAUUUUUAGAGGCGUUCGUUGAGCAGUGAACGUCGCGUGGGUGGUAAACACGCGCAUCUUGCGAUUGUUCUCGAUGACCUGUGCGUAAACGCGUACAAUUAGAGUUACGCUAUUUUUAUUUAGAAUGCAUUAUACGAGAGAACGGACAGAGAAAUUCAUAAAUGAGAGAAUCCUUGUUCUGGCAACUGUCUUGGCUUUAACCACUGGUUUUUCACGGGGACUGAAUUGCAGCGGCGAUCCCUGCAUGUAUGGGAUUUGUUUAGAGGACGCGAACAGCACUUACUCCUGUUAUUGCAUCGACGGUUACACUGGUAUUAAUUGCGAUAUCAAUUGGGACGACUGCUGGUCCAAUCCAUGCCUGAACGGAGGGACUUGCAACGAUGCCGUUGCAGCGUAUAAUUGCACUUGCGCCGAGGGUUUUGUAGGUACAAAUUGCGAGCAGAGGUACAGCGAAUGCUCGAAUCAACCCUGUCUGAAUAACGGAACCUGUGUGGAUCGCGAUGGUAUCAUUUGUCAGUGCCCUGAAGGAUAUUCAGGUGAUUAUUGUGAAAUCGACGCCUCCGUUUGCAACGAUACCAUAUGUAAAAAUGGGGGCGAAUGCGUGGAAGGGCCUGGAUUCUCUUUCUUUUGCCGCUGCCCCGAAGGCUGGACAGGUCGAUUGUGCGACGAAGAUAUCGACGAAUGCGUUGCAUCACCAUGCAAAAACGGAGGUCUCUGCAUCAAUAUGCCCGCUUCGUAUACUUGCGCUUGUCUGUUCGGGUAUACCGGUAAAGAUUGCGACAAAGCCAUCGUGCCCUGCGAGGAGAAUCCCUGCAAAAACGAUGCGGUAUGUUUGUUCGAGGACGAACGAUCGGUCUGCUACUGCGUCCCGGACUAUCACGGAACGUUAUGCGAGUUAAAAUACGACGACUGCGAGUCGAAAUUCGCUAACUGUGAGAACGGAGGUUCUUGCGUCGACGGCAUCAACAGUUUCACUUGCGCUUGUCCUGCAUUCUACAGCGGCCCAUUUUGCAACGUAUAUGAUCUUCCAUCGACCGUUUCAUCGACAUUUGAGGAACCGUUUGAGACUGAUGACGAUAAGAAGACCACUGCAAGUACUUCGUUUUCACCGAGACCAGCAACACUGCCAGAAAGUAAUGCAUCACCAACUGCUUCCAGUACACCGACUACACAGUCUUCGAUGACUUCUAAGAGCACUGGUCGUUCUUAUACAAAAUGGUACCCUUUCACCGACACACCUUUUACCAUAGACAAGAACGGCACUACCUUAUUCGGUAGCAGCGGCGAUAGUGCCACAGAAACUACGCCGUUGGUUACCGAUGUCUCCUCGAUAUACUCCAUCGAGGGUAAAGGAACAUCUCAAACUGAAACCGUCUCGAUGGAACCUCGAGAAUUUCCCGAUACCUCAAAUGAAAUGUCUCCAAUGACUUCAACGGUGAAGGCUGAAACGGAAUAUCCAACGCAAAAGUCAGCUCGCAAUGAAAGUACCACCGCUGAUACUACUUAUCAAGAAGAAGGUACUGGUACAUUCGCAUCCAUCAGUGACACAACACCUUCUGAAGCGAAUAGUACGACGAGGUAUUAUCCUAUGGUGACUACGUCUGUUGAAAUACCUACCGAAGCAAUGGCAACAGCCGGAAGUGAAAAGACCAGCUCAUUUUCCGCCGUGACAUGGUCUUCGAGCUUCACGGAACUUUGGCAAAACAGAAGCUCAGAACCGAAUUCACCAACAGCAGAAGUGCCAAAAAGCACUGUUCCCUCAUUUACAGAUAGAUGGUCAUCUACACCUCCAUUAAAAUCUUCGAGUGGAGAUGUGGAAAGUUCUACAUUCGCAUUCGCUAACGUUACCCUUUCGUCAUUGACAAGUAGUACCUCUGUGAGACCAAUAUUCGAUGAAGUUACUAGCGUUAGCGAACCCGAACAGUCGUCAACGAAAGAUGAGCUAUCGACAACUGAAAGUAUUGGUACUGAAUGUCAUGGGAUACUGUGUACGGUAGCACCUGCACGCAACGACAGCGACUGUAACUGUUCUCUUCGCGGUGACUGUAAAACUGGUUCCGGUAUAACGCGGGCAGCUUUCAAUGGGAAAUCUUAUGUGAGACAGCACGCCGAUGUAGAGAUUUCAGAAGGCAAUAACGCGACGUUAAGAAUUUUCGUGAGAAUCAGAGCCCGUUUCAAGGAUGGCAUUAUACUCCACGUCUAUUUCGACAAUGAAAAAUAUGCUUUGGUAUACUUGGAAUAUGGAGCUCUGAAGUUCCAAUUUUCUUGCGGGCUUGAGACUAUGUUACUUGGCGAAAUCGAUUCGCCUGUCGACAAUGGAUACGAAGUUGACAUUGAUACAAGAUUUCAAUACUUGAUGAGAAACGAUACCAAUAAAUGUUCAGCCCAUUUGUUAGUGAACGGGACUACAGCCGUUAGCGGUGAACAAAUUCUGCCACUGCAUGGGAGCCUUCCAAGACAUGCCAAUUUACAUUUAGGUGGCAUACCAUCAAUAUUUACACAUUAUUUCUCGCAUGUCUCCGUGGGAUUUACCGGUUGCAUGGACUCCUUAAAGAUAAAUGAUGUCCAGCGUCAUUUCAUUCGCGAUUCUACAGAAACAUUCCAAAUCGAGGAUUGCGUGUCUUUUCUGUGCCUAUCGAAUCCAUGCAAAAACUUUGGUGCAUGCGAGGAAACAAACGGUGCAGUACGUUGUAGAUGUAUAGCAGGAUACACAGGCCCAUUUUGUGAGCGUUCAAUGUGCGAUGAAAAUCCUUGCGCGUCAGGUUCGACCUGCAUCAGUUCGCCAGGGACGGGCUUCAUUUGCGUUUGCCCGCUUGGAACUCACGGACUCUUAUGCGAAGAAGAUACCGUCAUAAAUCGACCAUCAUUCUCGGUACUUGUACCUGGAUUAUCGUCGUACGUCGCUUAUGGUGUCUCGAAUUCUAUCAAAGAUAACAUGGAAUUGAAAAUGAAACUCAUACCACGGUCACUUGAACAAAUAUCUCUCAUAGCUUACUUAGGACAAAGCGGUUCGCAACGUGACCUGUCGGAUCAUCUUUCCAUUACAUAUGUCCGUGGUUACAUUAUGUUGACAUGGGACUUAGGAGCGGGUGUACGCAGAAUAUUUACAAGCGUUCCUCUGAGCGCUACAACGAUGACACAAAACAAGCGUUAUGUAGCCCAUACGGUCCAAGUUGGGAGACGAGGUAGAGACGCAUGGCUUGCUGUGGAUGGCAGGGCUAACGUGACUGGGCGAGUGGUCGGGUCUAUGACUCGACUCGAUGUAUCACCGAUACUUUAUAUUGGUGGACACAAGUCAAAGAACUUUGAAUCGUUACCCCACGAUUUACCCCUCCAUACUGGAUUUUCCGGAUGCAUAUUCGACAUUGAGUUACGUACUGAAAGCGCAAUUUAUCCAAUAACAAGCUCUAGUCCUGCAACGGGUCGUGGUGUUGGCGAAUGUCAUCGCAACGAAUGCAUCCGUCAUUUAUGUAAAAAUGGCGCAAUAUGUUUGAAUCAUGGGGCUACGUAUAGUUGUAUUUGUACAAAGGAAUGGAUGGGUUCUGACUGUUCCAUACCAGUGGAAGCAUUAUCCUCUGUUAACUCAUCCUCCUGUCACGUUUCAAACUAGCAAAAAUAUUGUUACUGUUUCAAUACAUUCUGGUAUAUUUGUA